AAUGACAGUGUAUCCCAUAAGGAAGACAGAUGCAAUUCAUCAAUGAUGUGUGAGGUGAUGCCGACGAUAAAUGAGGAUACCCCGAUGAGUCAAAGGGGGUCCCAAAGCAGUGGCUCGGACUCGGAUUCCCAUUUUGAGCAGCUGAUGGUGAAUAUGCUAGAUGAAAGGGAUCGACUUCUAGAUACCCUCCGAGAGACACAGGAGAGUCUGUCACUGGCCCAGCAGCGGCUUCAGGACGUCAUCUAUGAUCGCGACUCCCUCCAGCGACAGCUGAAUUCGGCCCUGCCACAGGAUAUCGAAUCCCUUACAGGAGGGCUGGAUGGUUCUAAAGUAGCUGAUCCACCGGAAUUUGCUGCUCUAACCAAGGAGUUAAGUGCAUGCAGGGAGCAAUUGCUGGAAAAGGAAGAGGAAAUUUCUGAACUUAAAGCUGAAAGAAACAAUACAAGACUGUUACUGGAACAUUUGGAGUGCCUUGUUUCAAGACACGAAAGAUCUCUGAGAAUGACAGUGGUGAAACGACAGGCUCAGUCUCCAUCAGGUGUUUCCAGUGAGGUGGAGGUUCUCAAGGCACUGAAAUCUUUGUUUGAGCAUCACAAGGCUUUGGAUGAAAAGGUAAGGGAACGGCUGAGGGUUUCUUUAGAAAGAGUCUCUGCACUGGAAGAAGAAGUAGCUGCUGCUAACCAGGAGAUUGUUGCCCUGCGUGAACAAAAUGCACAUAUUCAAAGAAAAAUGGCAUCUGGAGAAGGGUCCACAGAGUCAGAACAUAUUGAUGGAAUGGAACCCGGGCAGAAGGUUCAUGAAAAGCGUUUGUCCAACGGUUCUAUAGACUCUACCGAUGACACUAGUCAAGUGGUGGAACUUCAGGAAUUGCUCGAAAAGCAAAAUUACGAAAUGGCACAAAUGAAAGAACGCUUGGCAGCCCUUUCUUCUCGAGUUGGAGAAGUAGAGCAGGAAGCGGAGACAGCAAGAAAGGAUCUCAUUAAAACAGAAGAAAUGAAUACUAAAUAUCAGCGGGAUAUUAGAGAGGCUAUGGCACAGAAAGAAGAUAUGGAAGAAAGAAUCACUACCCUUGAAAAGCGCUACCUCAGUGCCCAGAGGGAAUCCACCUCCAUACAUGAUAUGAAUGAUAAACUCGAAAACGAACUGGCAAAUAAGGAGGCAAUUCUUCGUCAGAUGGAAGAAAAGAACCGGCAGCUGCAGGAACGCCUAGAACUGGCUGAACAAAAGCUGCAGCAGACAAUGAGAAAAGCUGAGACGUUACCAGAAGUAGAGGCUGAAUUGGCUCAGAGAAUCGCAGCACUUACUAAGUCUGAUCCAACCUCUUCUACCUCAUCCGAUGAUUAUCAAUAUGUUAUGGAAGCUAAACUACAAGAAUUGAUCUCCAUACGUAGGAAGGCUGAAGAAAGGCAUGGAAAUAUUGAAGAACGCAUGAGACACUUGGAAGGUCAGCUUGAAGAGAAGAACCAAGAACUUCAGAGAGCUAGACAGAGAGAGAAGAUGAAUGAAGAACACAACAAAAGGUUAUCCGAUACUGUGGACAGACUUCUGACAGAAUCCAAUGAACGUCUGCAGCUGCACUUAAAAGAAAGGAUGGCAGCUCUAGAGGAGAAGAAUGUUUUAAUUCAAGAAUCUGAAAACUUCAGGAAAAAUCUGGAAGAAUCUUUGCAUGAUAAGGAACGAUUAGCUGAAGAAAUUGAAAAACUGAGAUCAGAACUUGAUCAGAUGAAAAUAAGAGCAGGCUCUUUAAUUGAACCUACAUUAACACGAACUCACUUAGAUACCACAGCGGAGUUGCGAUAUUCUGUAGGUUCACUCGUUGACAGCCAGCCUGACUACCGAUCAACUAAAGUGAUUAGAAGACCGAGGAGAGGGCGGAUGGGAGUCCGAAGGGAAGAACCCAAGGCUAAAUCACUUGGGGACCAUGAGUGGAACAGAACUCAGCAGAUUGGAGUUUUGAGUAGCCAUCCAUUUGAAAGUGACACUGAGAUGUCUGAUAUUGAUGAUGAUGACAGAGAAACUAUUUUUAGCUCCAUGGACCUUUUGUCUCCAACUGGACAUUCUGAUGCCCAAACUCUAGCCAUGAUGCUUCAAGAACAGCUAGAUGCAAUCAAUAAAGAAAUCAGGUUAAUUCAGGAGGAAAAGGAAUCGACGGAACUGCGCGCUGAGGAAAUAGAGAAUAGAGUAGCCAGUGUGAGCCUGGAAGGUUUGAACCUAGCGAGGGUCCACCCAGGUACUUCCAUCACUGCCUCAGUAACAGCUUCAUCCCUGGCAAGCUCAUCACCUCCCAGUGGCCAUUCAACACCUAAGCUCACUCCUCGCAGCCCAGCCCGGGAAAUGGAUCGAAUGGGAGUUAUGACACUGCCAAGUGAUCUAAGGAAACAUCGACGAAAGAUUGCAGUGGUGGAAGAAGAUGGUCGUGAAGAUAAAGCGACAAUAAAAUGUGAAACUUCUCCUCCUCCCACACCUCGAGCUAUCCGAAUGACUCACACCCUUCCUUCUUCCUACCACACAGAUGCCCGAAGCAGUUUGUCUGUGUCUCUGGAACCAGAAAGCCUUGGUCUUGGCAGUGUCAGCAGCAGUCAGGAUUCACUCCAUAAAGCCCCCAAGAAGAAAGGAAUAAAAUCCUCAAUAGGACGUUUGUUUGGAAAAAAGGAAAAGGCCCGACUUGGACAGCUCAGAGGCUUUAUGGAAACAGAAGCUGCAGCACAAGAAUCUCUAGGUUUAGGCAAACUUGGAACUCAAGCAGAAAAAGACAGAAGAUUAAAGAAAAAGCACGAACUUCUGGAAGAAGCCCGGAGAAAGGGGUUGCCUUUUGCCCAGUGGGAUGGGCCUACAGUGGUUGCGUGGCUAGAGUUGUGGCUGGGAAUGCCGGCAUGGUAUGUAGCAGCUUGCCGGGCCAACGUGAAGAGUGGGGCCAUCAUGUCAGCAUUGUCGGACACUGAAAUCCAGAGGGAAAUCGGCAUCAGCAAUCCCCUCCACCGCCUGAAACUGCGGCUGGCCAUUCAGGAGAUGGUUUCCCUCACCAGCCCCUCAGCCCCUCCCACCUCUCGAACACCCUCAGGCAACGUUUGGGUGACGCACGAAGAAAUGGAAAACCUUGCGGCUCCUGCCAAAACGAAGGAAUCAGAAGAAGGAAGUUGGGCCCAGACUCUGGCCUAUGGUGACAUGAACCAUGAGUGGAUUGGUAAUGAAUGGCUUCCAAGCUUGGGUUUACCUCAGUAUAGAAGUUACUUCAUGGAAUGUCUGGUAGAUGCAAGAAUGUUAGAUCACCUGACAAAAAAAGAUCUCCGUGUCCAUUUAAAGAUGGUGGAUAGUUUUCAUCGAACAAGUUUACAGUAUGGGAUCAUGUGCUUAAAGAGGCUGAAUUACGACAGGAAAGAACUAGAAAGAAGGCGAGAGGCAAGUCAACAUGAAAUAAAAGAUGUGCUGGUAUGGAGCAAUGAUAGAGUCAUCCGUUGGAUUCAAGGAGUUGGGCUACGAGAAUAUGCAAACAAUGUCCUUGAAAGUGGUGUCCAUGGAUCGCUUAUAGCCCUCGAUGAGAACUUUGACUACAGCAGUUUAGCUUUAUUAUUACAGAUACCAACACAAAACACACAGGCAAGACAGAUUCUCGAAAGGGAAUACAACAAUCUCUUGGCACUGGGAACUGAGAGGAGACUGGAUGAAAGCGAUGACAAGAACUUCAGGCGCGGCUCCUCGUGGAGAAGACAGUUUCCUCCCCGUGAGGUACAUGGAAUCAGUAUGAUGCCUGGAUCUUCGGAAACACUGCCAGCAGGAUUCAGAUUAACUACAACAUCUGGGCAGUCACGGAAAAUGGCAACAGACGUUGCUUCAUCGAGAUUGCAGAGGUUAGACAGCUCUACCGUUCGUACAUACUCAUGUUGACAAGCCUAUCAAAGAAGACAGCACUGAACUGCUAUGUCAUCUUUUCAGUCUACUCCACCUGAAGUGCACUAUCACCUUAGAAGAGAAGCAGUGAAAACCACUUGGACAAUGGGAAAUAAAUACUAGUAAAGGUUUAUUAAGGUAAAAAUGUUAUGAUCUUUUCAUGCUAAAUUAUUGUUUCAUUUACUACAAUUCUGAAAAUACAUCACUUUUAAAAGCAUCACAAAAAUUAAAAAGAUAUGUACACUAGAUGCUUUUGUGAAAUGGAGCCAUUCAUUUUACACAUUGUUCCAUCUGUUUUAUUGUGUAAUAUACUAGACAUAUUUAUGUAUUACAGUGUGUUUCUUUUAAAAGUGUAAGUCUUAUGUAAAUGUAUAUAAAUAUGAUUUUUAAAAAAAUAAAAUUUAUGGUUCAUGGAGUCUGGGUGCAAACACUUGACAAUUCCAAGUCAGUACUCCUGUUUGUAUCUUUCCAUUCCACCAUUUUUACAGUUUUUGAAUUGUAACAGUCUAAUGAAUAUGUUUAGCAAAGUUAGAAGCUUCAACAUGUUCCUCCUCAAAGUCUGUCAAAGCUGAACACCUGCCUCUGAUUAGAUAUAAUAGAGAAUGAUUUGACCUGGAUCCCAGAUGGAAUUCAACUCAAAUCAGAAAUGUCAGAACCCUACGGAAAAGCACUGAUGGCUCAUUCUCUUUUUCAACGUGAAACAAACUGUUUACAGGAAUCAAAAGCAAGUACUAAAAAGGUUUAUAAAGACAAACUUAUACUCUGUUGUUACCUGUGGACCAAGAAAGAGACCUUCUUCGCUAAGAAUUGCAUUUUCAUUCUAAGAUCUUCAAUCGCCAGCCAACAUUGGACAGUGACUCUCCACCACUGCAAAGAGUCUGAGGCUCAAAUUCCUAACGUACAAAACAAACAAACAAAAAAUGAAACCCUCCUCUUUCUUUCUUGUAAUGGGGCAUUAGUCAGACCCAUGGCCAAUGUUAUAUGCUUUCAGCCAAGAUGGCCUUGUUGAGACUUCACUGAAGUCCAGUUUAUCAGAGGAAGUAACUGAAAGACAGAAUGAUAAACAUAUAUAGUAUAAAAAUACAGAAGAACAACUGUUCUGUGGCUUUAUUUGGUGGUGUUACUGUUGUUUAUUCUUUGUUUAUAUGGGAAAUUUUAAAGUAAAGCCUAUUCAAUACUGUCACUUAUCUAUUUGCUCAGUUUUUGCUGCUUGAUCUUACUAAGCUCAAGAUCUGUCUUUUAGUUAUUUCUUUCUGCUGUUUGAGUUGCAAUUGUUGCACGUACAUAAACAUUUGUUUUGUUGUCUUUUUGUUCGACAGAUUUCAGUCAAAAAGGUAAUGGUGAGAAUUUUUCCCCCACUGUCAAUAAAAAAAAAAACCAACAAAAAAACCUACUCCAGCACUGUGUUAAUCUCUUUUGUAGCCACUGUUAUGAAUAAUUUAGGUUCAUUUAAUUAUGUGGAUGAAAUUAUUUGAUAUGAAAAAUUUUAUAAUUUGACUACAUAUCAUAGUAACACUUUUGGAUUCUCACUCGAUGAUCCCCCGAAUGGAGAAUUAAUGAUAAAUUCCAAAUAAUUAUAUAAUCUUGGGGGCAGAAAAAGGCACAUCUGAUAUUACGAUAUUAAAAUGAGCCACCAGAGGGAGCCCUGAAUUUAAGUAUUAGAGGUGUGCUAAGUUUGAGCAGUGCCAACUCCCUUCUGUAUUGAGAUUUAAAGUUAAAAUUAGGUUUAGCAUUUGAGUGGGAAAAUAUGCAAACAAAAAAAGCCUCUAGUUUUCUAAUAUUCACUUUACAAUAAAACUGCUAGGUCAUUCUGCAUCCCCUUGGAGGUAAACCCAUUGUUAGGAAGGGACCGUCUCUAUAUGUUGCCGAUUUGUACUACCCAAGCGCUUAGUACAGUGCUCUGCAAACUGUAAGUGCUCAAUAAAUACGAUUGAUUGAAUGAAUGAAUGAAUAAAAUUAUAAAUUAGCAAAUCAAGCAGUUUGUCUUUAAAUGUCAAGCCAAAAUGACUCACAUUCUCAUAUAACUUCCAGAGGAUGGAGGAAUCAUACAGAGCAGAUGGCACUAGGGAUUAAAGUGACAUUUGAAAUUAUUUUCCACUCUAUCCUCCUGCUGCAUGAACUCUCUUAUUUCUGCCUAUCCAUUUGGGUUUGCGUCAGAUUUUCAUAAUACCAGACUCAUUGCCAAAUUAAAACAUUUGUAAGACUUUUGUUAUAUAAUUUUUUAGUUAUUCAGACUGGUGUAAAAAAAGGCAAGCAUAACUAGGACUGAUAAAAAAUGAACAACAUUAUCAUACGUUACCUUAUAUGACAUCCACAAAAGUCUACUGUCCAAUGACGAAACAUAUAAUGGAUCUAAAGCACGACAUAAAACACAUCUAAAACUGCCAAUAAUUUUCCAAGGAAAGGAAUUACAUAAGCAAGAGAACAGUUUAAAACACAGAGCCUUUAGUUCCAAGUUCUUUAUAACAAAGCAUUUCAUUUUAGUGAAAGUGAGCAGUUUCAUAAUCAUGAUGGCCAAUACUUUUUCUGCACACUAAAAUCUCUCUGCUGGUUGAAACAAUGUUAAGUUCUUAAAGCUGAUACAUCAUAUUUAUCUGGGGCAAUAUACUUAUCUGAUUCCCAAAUCUAAAUCUCCAGCCCUGAUGUUCCUCCCUUUCUGCUGUCUCGUAUUUCCUCCUGCC